UUUUUUAGAGAUUUGAAAUGGAUGAAUGCGAUAUAAAAUAUUUUGGUUCUUACUCCAAAUUGAACAUACACGAGGUAAUGUUAAGAGAUGAAGUAAGGACAGGAACAUACAGAAAUGCCAUCUUACAAAAUACCAAUCUAUUCCGAAACAAAAUCGUAUUGGAUAUGGGAUGUGGAACUGGUAUAUUGUGUAUGUUUGCUGCUGAGGCGGGAGCAUCGAAAGUUAUUGGUAUCGACUGCGCAGACAUAAUAGACCGUGCAAGGGAAAUAAUCCGCAAAAAUGGCUUUGCAGAUGUCAUAACUUUGAUUAAAUGCAAGGUAGAAGAUGCAAAGUUGCCUGAUGGGCUAGACGAAGUAGAUAUUAUUAUAAGCGAGACGAUUGGAUAUUGUUUACUGUUUGAAUCCUCAAUACAUUCUAUAUUAUAUGCUAGGGACAAGUGGUUGAAGAAGGAAGGUGGUUUGAUAUUUCCAGACAAAUACUGGCUUUACCUUACUGCUUUUGAAGACAAACGUUUUAUACAAGAUAGAGAAUCCUUUUGGGAUAAUGUACAAGGAUAUGAUAUGAGCAGUAUUAUACAACAUCAGGACUUUGACAGAAUGUACGUCGAUGUAAUUGAUGCUUCAAAAGUAGUGUCAAAUAGUUGUCUGAUCAAGGAAAUAGAUCUAUACAAGGUCAAAGAAAAGGAAUUAUCGUUUGAGGCUCCAUAUCAUAUCCAGUGUAAGAAGACUGGUUUCGUUAAUGGUUUCCUUACUUAUUUUGACACUGGGUUUUCACAUUGUGUGAGGAAGACAGCAUUUUCUACAGCCCCAGAAGCAAAGCCAACUCAUUGGAAACAAACUGUGAUACCCUUUUGGAACACAAGCAUUACUGUCACAAACGGUGACAGCUUGUAUGGGACAUUCAGCCUGAAACCACAUGCAUACAAUAGGCGAGGACUCGAUGUCAAGAUCAACGUAAGCAAGGAUACAGACAGUGGCUUGCUUCUACAAAAAGAUUUUGCUUUUUUACCUUAAGAAUGGAAAUUUUUUAUACUCAGGGUAUAUCUAUAUUGCACGUUCUGGGUGUUUUAUUAAAAGUGAAAUUGAACCUUAUGUAUUA